ACAGCGAGUUUCACCGGGACGUGAACACAACACGAUGGGUUUAUGACAGACUUUCCUCAAAGCUGUGCCGCUGACUCAACCAAAGAUCCGACACUCAUUUCUAGACAGACUUUGAUUUUACAACUUCGCAGUCACAAUGGCUUUGUUUUUGCUUUUUAUUUCAUUAACUAUUGAAAUGAGUCAGUCAGUGGUGUCAGGACUCGUUUACACAAACCACUGGGCAGUGCGGAUCACAGGUGGUCAGGAUCAAGCUGAUAGAAUCGCAGCAAAAUACGGAUAUAUAAACUUUGGUCAGAUAGGAAGUCUGGAGGACCAUUACCAUUUCCACCACAGCAGAGUGGUUCGCAGAGCAGCGUUCUCUUUGAAGGGCCCCCACAGCUUCAUCCAUAUGGAUCCUGAGGUGGACUGGGUUCAGCAGCAGGUCGUAAAACCAAGAGUAAAGAGGUAUGCACAAAGUGACCCAAGCUUCAUUCAUUUCACCGAUUCUAAAUGGUCCAACAUGUGGUACAUUCACUGCAAUGAUAAGAGCAAGCGCUGUCGCUCUGAGAUGAACAUUCUGGCAGCCUGGCAGAGAGGCUACACCGGCAAGAACGUGGUGGUCACCAUAUUGGAUGAUGGAAUCGAGAGGAACCACCCUGAUCUGGCUCAGAACUAUGACCAUCUAGCAAGUUAUGAUGUCAAUGGAAAUGACCAUGACCCUACACCACGAUAUGACUCACGCAAUGAAAACAUACAUGGAACUCGGUGUGCAGGUGAAGUUGCAGCAGCGGCCAAUAAUUCCCACUGCAUCAUUGGGAUUGCCUAUAAUGCUCACAUUGGAGGGAUUCGGAUGCUGGAUGGGGAUGUGACUGAUAUGGUAGAGGCCAAGUCCCUAAGUAUCCGACCUGACUACAUCGACAUUUACAGUGCCAGCUGGGGGCCAAAAGACGAUGGCAAGACAGUGGAUGGCCCAGGACUGCUAACUAAGCAGGCAUUUGAGUGGGGCAUCAAGAAGGGCCGCAAAGGCUUGGGGUCUAUUUUUGUCUGGGCAUCUGGUAACGGUGGACGGCAGGAGGAUCACUGUUCAUGUGAUGGUUACACCAGUAGUAUCUACACCAUAUCCAUCUCCAGCACAACAGAGAACGGGAACAGGCCCUGGUACCUAGAGGUCUGCAGCUCCAUUAUGGCCACAACAUACAGCAGUGGAGAGUUUACCGAGAGGAAGAUUGUAACCACCGACGUCCGGCAUCGCUGCACUGAUGGUCAUACUGGCACUUCUGUUUCUGCUCCCAUUGUAGCUGGAAUCAUAGCCCUUGCCCUGGAGGCCAACCUUUUGUUGACAUGGAGGGAUGUGCAACAUCUUUUGGUGAAGACUUCCAGACCAGUCCACCUGAAAGCUGAUGACUGGAAGACCAAUGCUGCGGGACUAAGAGUGAGCCACCUUUAUGGUUUUGGCCUGGUGGAUGCAGAGGCUAUGGUGCUGGAGGCUAAGAAGUGGAGAACUGUUCCUCCUCAGCACACCUGCAGUCAUAUGCCUGAGCGGCACAACAGGUACAUCAAUGCUGGCCAACCUCUGAACAGCAGCAUUACCACCUCUGGUUGUUCAGAAGAACCUGAGCAGCAUGUGGAUUACCUGGAGCAUGUGGUGGUCAAGGUCCUGAUUGUCCAUCCACGACGAGGAGACCUGGAAAUUAACCUCAUCUCUCCAUCUGGAACGAGAUCACAGCUGCUGGCCAAGAGGUGGUUUGAUAGUUCCAAUGAGGGCUUCAGGAACUGGGAGUUCAUGACGGUUCAUUUCUGGGGGGAGAGGUCAAAGGGCACAUGGACUCUAGAGAUUGUUGACUCACCAUCAAAGCUUCGCAACCCUGAGGUGCUUGGCAACCUAAAAGAAUGGACACUGAUCCUCCAUGGCACAUCUCAAAACCCUUACCAGCACAGCAGUGCUCAGCACUCCCGUUCAAGGAUGCUGGAGAUCCCAGAGGAGAUCCUGGAGGAGCCAGAGCUGGAGGAGGAAGAUGAGUACAAUGGGCCGUGCCACAGUGAGUGUGGAGACCAGGGCUGUGACGGACCAGAUACUGACCACUGUCUCAACUGUGUCCACUUCAGCACAGGCCGCUCGAAAAGUGGCAGAACCUGUGUGAGCCACUGUCCACGGGGACACUAUGGGGACAAAGUGUCUCGUCGCUGUAGACGCUGCUAUAAAGGCUGUGAAGGAUGUGUUGGCCAAUCAGCCAACGAUUGUCUUUCCUGUCAAAGAGGCCUUUACCUCGACACACUUAACUCCACCUGCAUCAAUAUUUGUCCCCCAGGUUACUUUGCUGAUGAGAAUCAGAGACAGUGUCUGAAGUGUCGUGACACGUGUAUGAGUUGCCUGAAGUAUGCAGACAGAUGCACUGCCUGCAGGGAAGGCUACAGACUGGCAGGGAUGACUUGUGUUCCUGAAUGCACCAACGGGACCUUUUUCCACCUGGAAGAGAUGACCUGCAGCCCAUGCCAUUCCUCCUGUAGGACUUGUACAGGGCCAGGUAAGCAGGAGUGUAUCCUGUGUACUGAGGGCUACCUGCAGCAGGAUUGGAGAUGUGUGCAGACCUGCACUCCUGGCUACUACGCUGGAGAGGCAGCAGGAGUCCCUCAUAAGAUGUGUCACAGGUGUGAAGAAAACUGUCUGAGCUGCAGUGGCACUGGAACAACGUGCAACAAAUGCAAAGAGGGUUAUAGUCUGGUCAGCAAGACUUGUAUUGUGAAUGCAUCCUGUCAUAAUGCUGAUGAGGUGUUCUGUGAGAUGGUCAAGUCCAACCGUCUCUGUGAGAAGAAGCUUUACCGUCAGUUCUGCUGCAGUACCUGUCUGAUGAUCGGAUAAGGAGCCAGUCACCUCCCCAAACCUUCUUCCCUCUUUCUCUAAAUAAGUCUUAAAGAGAGAUAACAAUUUAAGUGUUAUCAUUUUGUCAAACCUUUGUCAGUUACUAAAGAAAUAAAAACUAAAAUUGCAAUUGUAUUUGCAUUUAACUGUUUACGAAUGGUGGAUGUCUCAUUUUAGAAUGAAGCUCCUCAGUUGUAUUAUUGACGGUUGUGAAGGCAGUUGUGGUUUUCAUAGAACAUUUUGUAAACUGCAUUAUGUGGGAUGUGUAUAAAUAUCCUUCACUGAACAUGAAUUGUAUUGAACAUGUACAAAAUUGAAUUAUAAUGAAUGUUCAAUUUACAAUAUGAAGUACUGUUUACAAACACUGCUUUUAUUUAAAGAUAAAGAAUUAAGCGGAA